CGGCUUUCCUGUCAUUAAAUCAGAAAAAGCCUUGACAAUCUAUAUAUUUCUCCAAAACUGUGAAUUACUGAAGAAAAAUGGGAUACUUAGUUACUUAUUUUGCGCUGAUGCUGGCCUCCUGGGGAAUCCGGCUUUGUCCACGGCUCUAUCUUCCUUUGGGUCAUUCGGUUCUGAGUCUGGAGAUCGCCAACAUUACACGGGCCUUUGUGGAGGCCAAUAUUUACACUGUCUUUACAGUACUGAUACUUAUGACGCCCUCGAAAAUGUCUACAACCCAUAAGGGACGCAACCUCAAGUUUCUCUUCGUAAUGCCCUAUAUGUUGCAGUAUUUUUGUUGUUUCUGGAGCACUGCACAAAAUAUCAAGGAUCUGCUGACCAAACCGGAGAUGCUGGCCGUCAAGGAUUAUUUACCAGCACAUCUCAAAAUGAUUGCGAUUCUUAUAUUGCAGCUACUGGCAAUGAUAGAAAUUGGUUUAGUUUUAUUCUACAGCCUGAAAAAGGAACCCCAGCAGGUGGCGAAACAAGUGAAGUUACUGCAGGAGGAGAAGAUACAAGAACCAGUAGCUAUAAGAUGGAAUUAAAGCUUCUGCUAGCAAGCCAACUCCUUUCAACAAUUAGCAGCGGAUUAUUUGAUUAGCUCGCUAAUUGCCUUGUCCUCAACACCGCACCAAAUAAAUUUUGUGAACACUUA